AUGGAGGCUAAGACACUCGCCAGCAAACGAUCAGCGUCGCCGCUGGACGAGAAGCACCCUCUCGAUGAUGCGUCCGAGGAGGCUGUGAAAAUCGACUCUCGGAUCGACGUUGCAGCAGGGCUUGUUGCUGGACAUGACAAUGAUCAUAUCAGUCCUGAGGAGUCCCGGAGGUUACGGGCCAAGAUUGAUUGGCACCUUCUCCCUCUGCUCUUCUUCAUAUACACGGUCCAGUAUAUUGACAAAGGAACCCUCGCAUCAUCCUAUGUACUCGGGAUAGUGCAAGACAACCACUUGACAAUAGAUGAGUGGAAUACGCUGGGAAGCGCUUUCUACAUCGGCUAUCUCGUGUUCGAGUACCCUCAGAACUGGGCACUGCAGCGUUUCCCGGCAGGUAAAUGGAUGGCUUUUAACAUUCUCCUGUGGAGUGUCUUCCUUGGACUGUAUUGUGUCUGCAGUAACUUUGGCGGCCUUUUCGUACUACGCUUCUUACUGGGCGCAUCAGAGGGCUGCAUCACGGCUGGUCUCAUGCUCGUUACGUCUAUGUUCUAUACGCGGACUGAAAUCGCCGAACGUAUCGGCUGGACAUUCCAAUGUAACGGAUUUGGCACGAUCGUCUCCGGUUUCCUGUCCUUCGGCGUCGCACAUAUAAGCGCACAAGGCAAACCUGCCCAAUGGCAAUGGUUAAUGAUUAUCACGACUAUUUUGACUCUGAUUGUUUUCGUUCUGUUCGUUCUGUUUUUCCCGGACAACCCAACUACCGCUAAGUUCCUCACCUCCGAGGAAAGGGUCAAAGCUGUUAAGCGGGUAGAAGGGAACAAGAACGGAAUCGAGACUAAAGUGUGGAAGCGGAGCCAGUUCAUGGAAGCUCUGACCGACACCAAGACAUGGCUUUUCUUUUUGUUUGCCGCGGUGGCGGACCUGCAAAACGGAAUUGGCGUCCAGUAUUCACGAGUAAUCAAAUCCUUCGGGUUUACGAAUCUGCAGACCACCGUUCUGAAUAUCCCUUCCGGUCUGACGCAAAUCAUGGGUAUCACCCUGGGAUGUUACCUGUUGCGAAAAUUUCCCAACUCGCGCGCCUGGAUUAACAUUGGAUUCUGGAUGCCAUCGAUCUUGGCUGCGCUGCUCCAGAUAUGCCUUCCCCUUAGUAAUAAAGCUGGUCAUUUGGCCGGCCUGUAUGUUUUCAAUUUUGGGGGUGCGCCUGGUUUCAUCAUGAUCCUGGUUUGGGUGACAGCCACUGUGUCUGGACAUACCAAGAAAUUGGCCACAAAUAGCAUUGUCCUUAUUGGAUACGCCCUUGGUCAAAUACUAUGCACUCAAUUCUGGAAAGACCGGUAUGCACCAAGAUACAUUGUGCCGUGGGCCAUAACUCUGGCAACACACUUCACCGACAUAGCCAUCGUCCUGGCCAUCCGAUACGUCUUAGUAGCAGAGAACAGGCGCCGCGAUCGGCUGCUGGUUGAAGCGCAGGCGGCAGGGAAUGUCCCGCCCGAGAUGCAGGACUUCGGUUAUGUGGUGAAGACGGAUGAAAAAGGAUAUGCUGUCAAAGUCAAAGUUGACAAGUCCCUCCUCGACCUUACUGACAAGGAGAAUCUAGCAUUCAGAUAUGUCUUGUAG